AUGUUUUCUGUGUGUUACGUGACGACACCAACCUCGGAGGUCGCGCGCGAAAUCUCGCGGAUUCUAGUUAGCAGCAACAAAGCUGCAUGCGUCAAUAUUGUCCCCAGCGUCACCUCCGUAUACCGUUGGGAAGGUCAACUGUGUGAAGAGCAGGAGUGUCUUAUGAUGAUAAAGACACGCACUGAGCUCCUACAGGAGGUCAUUGACAGCGUGAAAAAGAAUCACCCAUACAGCACGCCAGAAGUUGUUAGCGUACCAAUAAGCUCUGGAAGUGAAGAAUACCUCAAGUGGGUUGAGGAGAACACAAUGCCUACUAGCAGCAACAACAACAGCGGUUGCAGUUGCCGCUAA